AAGGCACCAAUCUAUCCAUGUAACCCAAUUUUCACCUAAUCAAUCCCCAUAUCUUAAACUGCAUUACAGUUCAUCAAACAGUUCAGUAGUGUAGAGGGACAUACGAGGAAUUACACCCAAGCACCUAACAACACCGCCAUGUAGUCGAAACUAAGAUAAGAAAAUUUUUGUGUGGACGCGCUUGCGUGAAUUUUGGCAUUUAAAGGAAACCCGCUUGAUUUUCCACGGUAUUUUCGCGGUGAAUCCCGUACGAAACUAAAUAUGUGACAACAAAAUGCAUUGGAAUAAAGUUCUGUUUUAUGUGCUAUGUGCUGUGAAAUUCAGUGAUCUUGCUAUUGCUGGAGUAUCAGCACACACAAACAAAGUGUUUGACGUAUCAUUAAAAGAAGACAACUCUAUCAGACUCUAUUGGCAGUUGGACUACAGCUCCGAAACCGUCACUUUUGAAGUACAUAUUCCAGCUGGAUAUGGAUGGUUUGCUCUAGGGUUCUCAGAUCGUGGAGAUCCAUUCCCAGCCGAUUACUGUGUGCUGUGGGAAAAUGUAAAUGGAAUCGUGUCUUUUGAUGACGCGUAUGCGGACAAUCGUGGAGUUCUUCAUUUAGACAAACAACAAGAUUGCAGGAAAUUCAAGAUAAAAACAUCUAGCAAUUUCGUAAAAUACACUUAUCGCAGGAAAUUUGAUACAUGCGACAAUAAUGAUUAUGUUGUAGAGGAUGGAACUACUCAUAUAGUCUGGUCUCGAGGAAAGCACAAACUAUACCAACUUAAUGGCUUGAAUGUCAGUAGUUCUACUCAAGAUAUCGGCAUGGUUCGAGUUCACUUGCUGAAAAACACUCACGUUGAAGCUGCUCUACCAAAAUACGUGAGGAAUUUGGACAUUGUCACUAAUAAAGUUAAGGUUCCCAAUGUUGAAACGACUUAUUGGUGUCACGUUUUCAAGUUGCCAGAUGAGUUUUCGAAAAAGCAUCACAUAUAUCAGUAUGAAUCUCACAUUCAAGAUAACAGUCGUGGUGUAGUUCACCAUAUGGAGGUGUUCCAUUGUGAAACUGGUACUAAAGAGGAGAUACCACUUUACAUAGGAGAUUGUUUUGCAAAAGACCGGCCCCCAAAAACACAGGUGUGCAAACGGGUUUUAGCUGCAUGGGCUAUGGGUGCACCACCAUUUACUUAUCCAGAAGAAGCUUCUCUACCUAUUGGCGGUGAAAACUUCAAUCCAUACAUAAUGCUAGAAAUACACUACAAUAAUCCUGAACUGCGAUCAGACAUUGUUGACAGUUCUGGAAUAAGAUUUCACGUUUCAUCGAAGCUCAAGAAAAUGGACGCAGGUGUCAUUGAGCUGGGGUUAGAGUAUACCGACAAAAUGGCGAUUCCGCCAGGUCAGGAACAAUUUCGGUUGACUGGUUAUUGUACAAGCGUUUGUACUUCAAUGGGUUUGCCAUCGGAAGGAAUCACUAUAUUUGGCUCUCAACUUCAUACCCAUCUUACAGGAGCACGUGUAGUAACACGACAUUUUGAUGCAUAUGGUAAAGAACUACCAGAACUGAACAGAGACAAUCACUACAGCACUCAUUUUCAGGAAAUUAGGAGAUUGAAAAAACCCGUCAAAGUGCUACCUGGACAUGUUCUAAUAACGAGAUGCGACUACAAUACAGAAGAUCGACCGAACAUCACAAUGGGAGGUUUUAGCAUUAGUGACGAAAUGUGUGUAAAUUACAUCCACUAUUUUCCUCAUACAGAAUUGGAGGUCUGCAAAAGUUCUAUCAGUGAUCAAGCUCUCAAAACAUACUUCCAGUACAUGAACGAGUGGGAAGGACAGUCUACGUCUCCAUCUAAAGGCGUAUCAGAUAACUACAAAGCCAUCCAAUGGAACAAAAUCCGCGUUCAACUUCUACAAGAAGUGUACCAGGAGGCGCUUCUUAGUAUGCAAUGCAAUAUGUCAAGUGGUGAUAGGUUUCCGGGGUACUGGGAGAAUGCUCAAAUUCCACCUGUUCUGCUGCCUCUACCGCCCCCCGUUAGAAAAUGUGAGCAUAUCGCACAGAAUGACUAUCUGUGAAAUAUUGUACAAUACUUUCAAAGUUGAAUAUCAUAUGCUGAAGUUACAACAAUGAAUGUUGCAAUAUAUAAUAUUGUAAGCAGAAAUUGCUGUAUAUUUUAAAUACCAUCCUAUUAAACAAUCAAGUAGUUACAUCUAUAUUCACGAGAUUUUCCAUUUCACAUAAGUUUCCCUUCUAUGAUAUAGUGACAUAAAAAUGUCAAAAAACGCAUUAUACC